CGGACUUUGGCACACGAGAGUUAAGUAAUAAGAAAAGAGUGUACACAGGACAUCAAAACACUGGAGCCAGAGAAGCCAGACAGAAAGCCAGCAGCAAUCAGAAUGUCGUCUGACCAAGACAAGCUGGAUGCAUUCGUUCGACCAGAGCUGGUUGAUUUCAAAGGAAUCUCAAUGACCAGCGAUGUCACUACCAACUGGGAGAAUGUUGAGAACUUCCGGGCUAGGCCAGAUGAUAUACUUAUUGCAACAUAUGCCAAAGCAGGGACCACAUGGAUCUCCCAGAUUCUUGAUCUGCUGUAUUUUGGUCAGACGGAGCGCCAGAAAACCCUGCCUAUCCAUGAGAGAGUGCCUUUCUUGGAGAUUGACCUCCCACCUAACAUGUCAGGAACAGAGCAGGCGGACAAUCUUCCCACCUCUCCUCGACUCAUUAAAACCCAUUUGCCAUACCAGUUAGUGCCAAAGUCCUUCUGGGAGCAAAACUGCCGGGUUGUCUAUGUAGCCCGCAAUGCAAAAGACAACAUGGUGUCUUAUUACCACUUUAAUCGCAUGAACUAUGGUCAGCCAGCGCCUGGAGACUGGAAUACCUUCUUCCAGAAUUUCAUGAAAGGAAAGAUGGUGUUUGGACCCUGGUACGACCAUGUGAAUGGCUGGUGGAAGAAGAAGCAGACUUAUCCAAAAAUUCAUUACAUGUUCUACGAAGAUAUGAUUGAGGACACUGGACGGGAAAUCGACAAACUCUGCUCCUUUCUUGGUUUGUCUCCUUCAGCUGAAGAAAAGAGAAUGAUAUUAGGUGGAACGGCGUUCGAUAACAUGAAAAAGAAUGACAUGGCCAACUAUUCCAAUUUCCCACUGAUGGAUUUCAAAAUUUGUCCCUUCAUGAGAAAAGGGAAGGUUGGUGACUGGAAGAACCACUUAACCGUGGCCCAGAACGAAGAGUUUGAUGAAGACUACAAACAAAAGAUGAAGGAUCCCACCCUUCAGUUCCGUACUACAAUCUGAACAGGACCAGACACACUGAGUGUAUGUAAAGACGGGUUCAUGACUGACCAGAUGUGCCAUUGCUAGAGUGUAGUAGAGGUGCUCAGUGAUUUUGUCUGUGUCUGUGUUUUUGUGCUGAUAACUUCAUAUUAUCAGCACAAAAACAUCAAAGUGAAUAUGUCUGUCAAACAGAGAAUGUAUGUGCAGUAAGUUAAUUACACAAAUACGCAAUAAACCAAAAAAGCUGUAUGAUUGUAAAUAGCAUUGACACUAAUAUUUUGAAAUGAAAAUAACUUUAGUAUGAGAGAUCAAUUGAAAAUAAGUUAAAUAUAUUGUCAAGUAUGAUGCAGAUGUUGAGGUCUCAGGCUCAUUAUGGCCCUACGGUAACAAAGGUUUUGAAGCAGACAAAUAAAGAUCUUAAGAAGAAACAUUAUAAGUUAACCAUAUGAUUAUGCUUGCUGAAAUAUAUAUACAUUUUUGAAGUGUUGAGGUGAUUAAAGUAAUGAUGCAGAUGAUUAUGUGUUUAACAAUGAAGUAUGAGUUAAGAGGUGAUUCAAUGUAACUGAUUGUGUCUUUAAGCUGUGACAUUAAGUGUUCUGAGCUGCUUGCACAGGAUGGGAAAAGCAGAAGUGAGAAUGGCGGAAGUCCCCUUAAAAAUGAGGAACUUGGAGUUUCCGCAGGAUGACAGGAUGGGCUGAGGCCUGCUAGCAGAACAUUGUCAUAGCAACUGAGUGUGUGUUAAAUGUAUUUGCUGUAAAACACAUGAUUCUAUGCAACUGUUGUGUGUGUAACAGGAAAGAGGUUGUGUCUUAAACCUAUGAGUCAAGGAUAUGGGCGUACCAAGAGGUAGAAUUGUGUGUAAAACGGUGUAUGUGUUAGUAGAAGCGAGAGAGAGUAUAAAAAGGGAAGCGCAGAGACAUUAUACGGGAGAUGUUCGCCGGAGCUGCUAAGAAGAGCUGCAAAGGGAACUAGGCCGGAGUUCUGAAGAAUCUUCAACUUCCUCUAUUGCCCUAGAGACAGGAAGACUACGCGGGACUUAGGCUCCAGAGAUCGCUGAGGACAUCGUUGGAAGCAAAGUCUUUUUCUGACUUUGUUCAACAAGCGAAGACCACACUCCGCCAAACAGAGAGUCCUAAGAGGUUCUGCAGUUAUCCAGAAGAAACCAAUAGAGGGGAGAACCGACUACACCCGAAGAGGCAAAGGAGGCAACAGCACCGGGCUGUUCCCCUCCCCGGGGCUGGGAGAUCCAGUGACCCACUACUGCCUGAACAGACGAGGGUUUUCCACCACCACCAUACCACAGAGAAGACAGCUGGGGCGUAAGCACUAACGUUCCAGCCAAUUCCAGAGAUAACCGCCAGACCACGAUUGGCUUACAGGACUCCUCCGCUCCCCCCUGCCGAGGGAUAAGAUCCUUUUGUCCACAAAGAAGACAUCGUACCGAGUCCUCUGGACAACUGAGGGCUUUUCCCAGAUGCAAGUCAAGACCGAGUGAUACGGUAGUGGCCACGCUGUUCGCUCCCUCUCCUAAAUUCAAUAAUUAGAGAAGAUUGUCAGGUACGCUCAAUUUAGUUACUUUAGUCUCAUUUUUUAAUCAGAAAUAAUUAAUUGUUUUAAUAAUGAAUUGAUGCUGUGCUCUUGCUAAACUUGCUUAAUAAAACGCUCCAUUGCAUUUAAAGAGAA